AUCCCGUAGUUUGUUUUUUUGUCAUCAUGUCGUCAACAUCCAUGCAAUUGUCUCAAAAUGAGGCUGAAAUGAAGGAACAACUGAUAGAAGCCAAUCUCUAUGAAGAAAAUAUGAGUCUUGAGGACAUGCAGAGUAUUGUCCAAGUUCUACAAAUAUCAAAACAAGACAGCUUUAAAAUUGUACAGAACUCACCAACACACAGUCCUGAAAAAUCCACUUCUUCAUAUUCAGAAGAAUUUGAACGAACAGCAAAUAAAUAUGAAAUUUCAGGACAUAUUCAACAUAAACCACUUCCCAGUUUAACUGUAAAAUGUAAAGUACCCUUGCAAGAACAUGAGAGGGCCAUUUUUUCACAAGACACAAUUACUGAUGAUCAUUCAUCGAUAUUUGAUGAUAUCACUGAUGAUAAAAACAUAAAUAAUGGUACUAGUAAUGAAAAUGAGUCAAAGAAAAAUGUUGAAUAUAACAUAGAAAAUAACAAUGACUUUCCUGCAAUUGAUAAAAAAUUGAUUCCAAAAGAUGCUGUAACUCCUAAACAAAAAACUAAAAAAACAGUAGCUGAAUUAAAAAAACAAAAUCUAGAGAGAUGGAGACUAGAUUUAUUUUCAUGUGAAAGAAUCAAUCAAUUACCUGAACAUUCAUUUCAUGAUUCUGAAGAUAUGUGGCCUAAAUUUGAUCUAGAUGACGAUGAAGCUUUUGAUAAACUUUGCAGUGAAAUUGGAGAAAAAUUGGAUAUUUUAGAAAAAAGAUGCAUUCCAGAAGAAUAUUAUAGUGAAUUGGCGCCUCCCAUCAAGAUUGAAACAAGUGGAUACAAGCCUCCAACUACUAGAAAAAAACCUUUUGAAAAAUUACUGGAUAACUUCAAUCAAUGUUCAGAUAAUUCAAAAAAAGAAGAACGAGCUACAAAGCGUAAAGCUACAAAUUCCAUAACAGGAGCUGUAUAUGAUUUUGAUUCAGAUGAACCAACUGUUGAUGAUGAUAGUGGGGACGAAUUCAUUCCAAAUAAUAUCAAGAAAAAACGCAAAACUUUGCAAGAUAAGACAAAUGAACCAACAAAGAAAAGUAGAGAUCGAGAUAAAUUGUCUACAACUAAUCAUCAAGCUAUUGAAACGAUUGAUGUUGAUAAAGAUUUAUCAGGUACAGAAGUUUAUGAUAAUUCACAUAAUACGUUACGGAAGAGAAAUACAAAUGAUCAAAAAAUUGAAAAUAUAGAUGAACCAUCAGCUGAAUUUCCAAGAAGAAUCAUUCCUCCAAAUCCUAGUAAAAAAAGUUUUAAAGGACCAAGAGCUAGUAACAAAAAUAAACCAUCAGCUGGAAGUUCAUUGAACGAAGCCCUUAGUGACACAGAAAUCAAAAAAAUAUUACACGAAAUUGAUGAUUGUGUUGAAGUGCCUAAAGAUACUACAGCUAAGUCAUUUCCUAAAAACUCAACUUUAAACAGGAUGCAAGCAGGAAAAGAUAUUUUGAUGAAUAAAGUUACUGCUGAAGAAGAAAAUAAAAGAGCAGAAGAAGAAGCUUUAAAAGAAAAGGCAAUGAAAGCCAAUGCAGAAAAAGAAGAACGUAUCCGCAAACGUCAACAACAACAAGAACUUGAAGAAUUAAAGAUAAUGGAAAAAAACCAAAGAACUGAAACAAAAGAAGAAUUAUACAGGACUCUUAGAAAUAGCACAAACAAAAGAGUUACAAGAGCCAAUUUUAAUAAUAAAUUCCAAGAAAACAAUUUUGAAUCAAUUGAUACAUUGAAAAUCACUAUUGACAAUGAGGGCAGUCAAUCUAAACUAAAGUAUACCGAAAGUAGAUGUCCAAUAUGUCAAAAGAUAUUUCUGAAUAAAGAAAUAGAAGAACAUGCUGCUGGAUGCAAUGCAUUUCAGACAGAUGAAAGUGACCAUGAAUUAUUAAAAUGCAGAUUUUGUUUUGAAUUUCAAACUCAUGAUCAAAAUGAAUAUCAGAGACAUAUUCCAAGCUGCAGUGAACAAGCUGGAAAUCCUUCAACCAGUAGAUCUUCAUCAAUAUUGACUUGUCAGUACUGCCAUGCUUUUAGUUCUGCAGAAGCAGAUCAAUUUGAAAAACAUAGAAACGUAUGCCCUGAAAGAGUGUAUAAAAAUCGCAAGUUCAAUGAUGAAUCAUAUACUUGUAUGUACUGUGAUAAGUUUAGCACCAGAGAUGGACAUAUAUAUGAAGAACACACUUCCAAAUGUGAAAGUAGGCCUUAUGAACGAGAUGAGAAAAGAAAUGGAAUUUAUAGUUGAUUGCAAUGCCUACAAAUAAUUAACUUCAAGAAUUUCGAGAUCUUUUUACUUUAGAGCUUUUCAUAAUAUGAAAUUGUUUACUAAAGAAUGUUUUAUUGAAACUGAUCUUAAAAUAGAAUUUCAAAAAUAUUUUGAAUUUUAAAACUCACGUGCAUCUGCCAAGAAAAGAUAAGUGAUUAAACAUUUUAAUCCCACAAAUGAUAAUUAAUUAUUAGUAUAGCAAUUGAAAUCAUCUAUACAAGAAAAAAGAAGUUUAAAUAGUUUUGAUUUAUUAAAAACUAAAAAAUAAAUUAAGAUAUCCCAAAAAAUCUUUUUCAAUCUUUAGUUAUUAGAUAAAUUUUCUGAAAUAUUGAGUUAACAGGAAAAUAAUGUACAGUGUAAAAUACUCUAAACCAAGGAAAGUUAUACUUUGACUAUGAAUAACAAUGUUUGAUACAUUGUAAGUACCUACAAAAAGAUAUUUGAUGCGCCGAUCAUUAUAAAUUAAUGAUUUUCAAGCCGCACGAAAAAAUUUUGAACAAGAUAUAUAUUUUGUUAUUUAGGCUUAAGAAAACAAAAUUGUUAACUUUAAGC